AUGGUAGCAGCAAUGAUGAACGUUGACUUUCAAAACUGCUUCUUCUUCUUCAUCCUCCUCUGCUUCUUCUCACUCUUUUGUUACUCUCUCUUCCUCAGGAAACCAAAGGUUGGCUGUGAUCUGCCUCCGAGCCCUUGGUCUCUGCCCAUAAUCGGCCAUCUUCACCUUCUCCUCUCUGUUCUAAUCCACAAGUCUUUACACAGACUUUCCUCCAAGUACGGACCUCUUCUUCAUCUCCGCAUCUUUAACUUCCCGUUACUCGUCGCCUCCUCAGCCUCAGCGGUCUAUGAGAUCCACCGGACGCACGACAGGAUCGUCUCGUCUCGUGGCCUCCCUCCGAUCGAGGAAUGCCUUAUCUUUGGAUCUUCCAGCUUCAUCAACGCUCCUUAUGGAGAUCACUGGAAAUUCACGAAGAGACUCAUCGUCACGAACAUGCUCGGAACGCAGGCACUCGAAAGGUCACGAGGUGUUCGCGCAGACGAGCUAGAGCGGUUUUACACAGACCUGGUGAAUAAGGCGGUGAAAAACGAGAGCGUUGAGAUCUUUGAGGAAGCGAUGAAGCUCAGUCACAGCAGCAUUUACAGGAUGAUCAUGGGGAAGAGCUUUCCAGAGGAGAAUGGUGAGACGGAGAGAGUCAGGGGGUUGGUGGCGGAGUUUGUUUCCUUGACGAAGAAGUUUGUUCUGGCAAAGAAGCUUGGGGUUUCUCUGUUCAGGAAGAAUACAAUGAGUGCUUCUCACAGAUUCGACGAGCUGCUGGAUAGGAUUCUUCAGGAACACGAAGAGAAUCCUGACGAGCACCAUGGCACGGAGAUCAUGCGUGUAUCUAUGAAAGCUUGUCGAGAGACAAAGAGGAUCACUAGGAGUCAUAUCAAGUCGCUUUUUGUGGAGCUGUUCCUUGCAGGCACUGAAACCUCAGCGCAAGCAAUACAGUGGACAAUGGCAGAGAUCGUUAAGAACCCUAAGGCUCUUGUGAGACUGAGAGAAGAAAUCGAUUCGGUAGUUGGGGAAACAAGGUUGGUGCAAGAAACCGAUCUACCGAACCUUCCUUACUUGAAAGCUGUGGUUAAGGAAGGGCUGCGAUUGCACCCGCCAUCGCCUCUCUCGGUAAGGACGUUUCAAGAAAGAUGUGAGAUCGAAGGGCUCUGCGUACAGGAGAAGACAACACUUGUUAUCAAUGCUUAUGCUGUGAUGAGAGAUCCUGAUUACUGGGAAGACCCUGAUGAGUUUAAGCCGGAGAGGUUUCUAGCUUCUUCAAGAUCGGAGCAAGCAGAGGAGAGUAGAGAGCAAUCACUCAAGUAUAUUCCUUUUGGAAGUGGAAGGAGAGGCUGUCCUGGAGCAAAUCUAGCUUCCAUCUUUGUUGAAACUGCAGUUGGAACGAUGGUGCAGGGCUUUGACUGGGGAAUCAAAGGAAGGGAGGUCAAUAUGGAUGAGGCUAUCGGAGGAAUGAACCUAACCAUGGCUCACCCACUUAAACUCACUCCGGUUGUUCGAACUUCAAAUCUGCUGAUUCCCAGUUUCCUAUAA